CUAAACCCUAGAAACCUCUAUAAGCUCUUCCUUCUUCUUCCUUCCUUCCUCCGCCUCUCAAAUCAUCUCAAACCCUAAAAAAAUGGCGGAACUAAAGCUAUCAGAGAGCCGCGACCUAACAAGAGUGGAACGAAUCGGCGCACACUCCCACAUCCGCGGCCUCGGCCUCGACUCCUCCCUGGAGCCCCGCGCCGUCUCCGAAGGCAUGGUCGGCCAAACCAAAGCCCGCAAAGCCGCCGGCGUGAUCCUCCAGAUGAUCAAAGACGGCAAAAUCGCCGGCCGCGCGAUCCUAAUCGCUGGACAGCCGGGCACAGGCAAAACCGCCAUCGCCAUGGGGAUGGCGAAAUCGCUAGGGUCGGAGACCCCCUUCGCGAUGAUCGCGGGGAGCGAGAUCUUCUCGUUGGAGAUGUCGAAGACGGAGGCCUUGACGCAGGCGUUUCGGAAGGCGAUUGGGGUUAGGAUUAAGGAAGAGACGGAGGUGAUUGAAGGGGAGGUUGUUGAGGUGCAGAUAGAUAGGGCGGCGAGUGGUGGUGGGGCGGGGAAGAAGACGGGGAAGCUGACGAUGAAGACGGCGGAUAUGGAGACGGUGUAUGAUGUGGGGGAGAAGAUGGUGGAGGCGUUGGGGAAGGAGAAAGUGCAGAGCGGGGAUGUGAUUGCGAUGGAUAAGGCGACGGGGAAGAUAAGUAAGCUCGGGAGGUCGUUUUCGAGGUCGAGGGAUUAUGAUGCGAUGGGUGCGAGUGCUAAGUUUGUGCAGUGUCCUGAUGGGGAGUUGCAGAAGAGGAAAGAGGUUGUGCAUUGUGUUACACUUCAUGAGAUUGAUGUUAUCAACAGCAGGGAACAAGGGUUUCUAGCUCUUUUCACCGGAGAUACAGGAGAAAUCCGAUCAGAAGUCCGGGAACAAAUCAACACAAAAGUAGCGGAAUGGAAAGAAGAAGGCAAAGCUGAGAUAGUCCCCGGUGUUCUCUUCAUAGACGAAGUCCACAUGCUCGACAUCGAAUGCUUCUCCUUCCUCAACCGAGCUCUCGAGGACGAAAUGUCACCAAUCCUCGUCGUGGCAACAAACCGAGGAGUCACAACAAUCCGCGGAACAAACCAGAAAUCACCUCACGGGAUCCCUAUCGAUCUCCUCGACCGUCUCCUCAUCAUCACAACUCAGCCUUACACUGAGGAUGACAUAAGGAAGAUCUUGGAGAUCCGUUGCGGAGAAGAAGACGUUGAGAUGAACGAAGAGGCCAAGCAGUUGUUGACUUUGAUAGGACGUGAUACUUCUCUGAGGUAUGCGAUUCAUCUGAUAACAGCUUCUGCGUUGUCUUGCCAGAAACGGAAAGGGAAAGUCGUGGAGACUGAGGAUAUCAACAGAGUUUAUCGGUUGUUCUUGGAUGCAAGGAGAUCGAUGCAGUACCUUGUUGAGUAUCACAGUCAGUAUAUGUUCAGCGAACCUAUCGAAGCUGAUGGAGAAGAAGAACAAGAUGCUAUGCAAACUUGAAGAUCCUUCUUUGUUUGCUCGUUUGUUAUGAAUGUUAUCGAUCAAUGACUUUUAUGUUUGGUUUCUUUUUAAGAUGUAAUGAAUGUUUUAACUAUUGGAUCGUUGUAGUAAGAAUUAGAUCUUUGUUUCGUAUCCAAUACUGGCCCGUUAAGAUAUUUUAAUGGGCUUUGAAGCCCAGUAUUUAAACGAGCG